AUGGGAAGAAAGAGGUGCCGUUCGGAGGCAUCCGUUAGCCUACAGGCGCCAUCUUCGCCGCGUAAAAAGUACCAAGAGGUGGAUACGCCUCGUCGAGUACGAAUCAUUCACGCCGUCAACCAAUUUGAAGGGCAGGUGCCACAACGAGAUAUAUUCAGUCAUCACGGGGUCUCUGUUCGUACAGGACAACGUAUCAUCGCGUCAGGACAGCCUCGACGUACUCGGCGAGGAGGCCGUGGCCGUGGUCGCGGCCGCGGCCACAAUCCUAACGCCCAAGCUGAAGCGCAAGCUGAAGACCAAGACCAAGCACAAGCCGAAGACCAAGCACAACCCCAAGCCGAAGACCAAGACCAAGCUCAGAUCUACCAGCUCGUCUUCUACGUGCCGCAAACCCAUACCCAGCAGUGUCUGGAUGCACUGUUUGCCGUUGGGGCGGGGAUAUGGCCGAAUCCACCAAAACCGACAUCAACAGAAACAUCAUCCACAACGAACCCAACAUCAUCGACACCGACACCGACACCGGCACCAGCAGCCGAGCCCGAGGCCGAAGUUGAGGUCAAGGUCUCCAACCAGAACCAGACCCAGAUCCAAGAUCAGAACGACGUGGGGGACGAAGAUGAACCAAAAUACACCGACUCCUGCUUCAUCUCGUCGGGCACCGGCCAGUUCCGGCCCAGCGCCAGCGCCGACCCUCACAUCGGCACCGCCGGCGGCCAGGUCGAGCAUGUGCUGGAAGACCGGGUCGAGAUGGUGGUGGCGGGAGGGCCGGACGCGGUCAGGAGCGCGGUGGCGGCGUUGAGACGCGCCCAUCCCUAUGAAGUGGCUGCCUUCUUUGUGUUUAAGAGCGAAUUCUUUUGA